AUGGCCCGCGGUGGGUGCAGCUGGCCCCAGCGCCUCAGCAAGGGGAAAAUGGUGGCCGUGGGGGUGCUGGCCGCCCUCUCCGUGCUUAGCCUCCUGACUUACGGCUACCUGUCCUGGGACAGCCUCGGACGUGGCCCUGGAGAGGCGGAGGCGACGAGGACCGGGCUGGGAGAGAUGCUGGGGACUGAUGCCCCCAGCUCGCAGCCGCACAUCAUCUUCAUCCUGGCAGACGAUCAGGGAUUCAGAGACGUAGGGUACCACGGAUCGGAGAUCAGGACUCCCACUCUGGACAAGCUAGCAGCCGAAGGGGUUAAACUGGAGAAUUAUUAUGUUCAGCCUAUGUGCACACCAUCCAGAAGCCAAUUUAUCACUGGAAAGUACCAGAUACACACUGGCCUUCAGCAUUCCAUCAUACGGCCAACCCAGCCCAACUGCUUACCUCUGGAUAAUGUCACACUACCUCAGAAGCUGAAGGAGGUUGGUUAUUCAACGCACAUGGUUGGCAAAUGGCACCUGGGGUUUUAUCGCAGAGAAUGCAUGCCCACACAGAGAGGCUUUGACACUUUCUUUGGCUCACUGUUAGGCAGUGGUGACUAUUACACUCACUUCAAAUGUGACAGCCCUGGGAUAUGUGGCUAUGACUUGUACGAGAACGACAAUGCAGCUUGGGAUCACGACAACGGCAUCUAUUCAACCCAGAUGUACACACAAAAAGUACAACAAAUCUUAGCUUCUCAUAAUCCCAGGAAACCUUUAUUCUUAUAUAUUGCUUACCAAGCUGUUCAUUCACCUCUUCAGGCACCAGGCAAGUAUUUUGAACAUUAUCGAUCGAUAAAUAAUAUCAACAGGCGAAGGUAUGCUGCGAUGCUGGCGUGUUUGGAUGAAGCCAUAAACAACGUAACCCUCGCUUUAAAGAGUUACGGUUACUAUGAGAAUAGCAUUAUCAUAUAUUCUUCAGAUAAUGGUGGGCAACCAAUGGCUGGAGGAAGUAACUGGCCUCUCCGAGGAAGCAAAGGGACCUAUUGGGAAGGAGGUAUCCGUGCUGUUGGGUUUGUCCACAGCCCCCUUCUGAAAAACAAAGGGUCUGUGUGUAAGGAGCUGGUGCACAUCACAGACUGGUUCCCCACUUUGAUCACACUGGCAGAAGGGCAAAUUGAUGAAGAUAUCCAGCUGGAUGGCUAUGAUAUAUGGGAGACCAUCAGCGAAGGCAGACGUUCUCCACGGGUGGACAUCUUGCACAACAUUGAUCCAAUUUACACCAAAGCCAAAAACGGGUCCUGGGCAGCUGGGUAUGGGAUCUGGAACACCGCAAUUCAGUCUGCCAUCAGAGUGAAUCAUUGGAAACUACUGACGGGAAAUCCAGGCUACAGCGACUGGGUACCUCCCCAGGCCUUCAGUAACACGGGCCCCAACCGCUGGCACAAUGAACGCAUUUCUUGGUCAGCUGGCAAAACAGUGUGGCUUUUCAACAUCACCGCUGAUCCCUAUGAACGCGUGGACCUCUCCUCAAGGUACCCAGAUGUAGUGAAGCAGCUGUUGCGCAGGCUUUCACACUUCAACAAGACUGCAGUUCCUGUUCGAUACCCACCCAAGGACCCUCGGAGUAACCCAAAGCUGAAUGGAGGAGUUUGGGGUCCAUGGUUUAAGGAGGAUGAAAAGAAAAAGAAAUCAGACAAAAGUAGAGGUGUGAAUAAGCAAAAGAAGAAUAAGAACAAGAAAAAAACAAACAAGAAAAAAGGGCAAUCGUUACAUUGCCAUUCACGUCUUGCUGGCGGAUAGACUCUUAAGUGUGCUGUUUUGCAAAGUCUAAGUCAGCUUGGCCCAGCCUUCUUGAACUCUGACAGAAUAUACUAGAAAUGCAAGUUCUGCACUAUGGAUGAAAGUUGCCAUCUUUUGACUUGUUUUUAUGAUUUCAGCAGCACAAGAUAUCUCAUCAUUCUGCCUUGUGUGCAUGUAAACAUCCCCAUGACAAACUUUCUUCUCAACAAGAUGAAUGG